GCGUUGAAGUAUGAAUGGUGAAGGUGAAGCCCUAAUUAGGAUACGAGAAGUCUGUGAAGCGGGGCUUCAUGGCUAUCCUCACAAUCUGCCGAGACUCUCGAUAAGGCCCCGAUGCGUCCUCGCUCCAUUGCGGUGAAGUUCAAGUUUUGAAGCGCUUCAUUGAGCAGGGAAAUUGGGCCGAGUCGGGCCCGAUUGCACAAUCCCUUGGAAAGUCUGUUCGGCUAGGUGAAGACUGUUUAGGUGUGCGCUGUGAAUGUGUGAGAAGGUUGGCGUGGCUGUUUUGAGCAGGUAUCAAAGUCAUCGUUGGGCGAACGAUCAGUGUGGGGGUUCUGGUGUUAAUGGUAGAUAGUUUGUAAGAGAUAUUUUGGACAUUGUUGCUGGUUUUAAAGAAGAUGAUGCCGCCGGGGUUCGGGCCGGAAUAUACUAGGAGCAAUGAUGGCGGGAGCCAUGGCCUGGGUGGCUUACGGUUUUCUCAUAGAGAAGCACUACGUAUGGAGGCUAUUGCGCCAGGAGUUCGUGGUGUGUAUAACGGUGGACACGGUCCCCCAUCUCAUGACGAGAAUUACAAUGGUCGGCCUCGAAUGAUAGUGGCGACAGGGUCCAUAGGUAUGUCAGCUUCAGUUGGAUCAGCAGCUGCAGAAACCUGGGAUAUGAAAGCGAUGGCGGCACAUCGGCAUAGGACUUUGGUUGCUGAAUGCUCUGCCCAAAGGAUGGACUUGAAAGCACAGAUGCAGGCAAUCCCGUCACAAACGUUUCUUUCUGGAUUUAGGCCCCCGCUUAUGCACUCGGAAACACUCCCUCCACAAGCGUGUCCACCCGGAUUCAGGCAUUCAUCUAUUUACAACAAGGCUUUGCCUCCACAGAGUUUUCCUCCGAGUUUCAGGGGUCCAUCCAACUUCACUGAAGGACUGUCAACACAGAGUGGUCCUCCAGGUUUCGGGCCCCAAAUUCCGUAUGCGGAAAACUCAGCUAUUAUACAGCCAGAAAUGAAGUUUCGGACUGCGGAACCGAGCACACUUGGGUCUGAGUUUCACCACGAUGAUCGGUCAGGACACCUGUUUGGAAUACGUGAAACCAUGCGUGGGUCUUCCGUGUACGGAGGGGCAGAUAGACGUGGUUGGUUUCUAAAUGAAAGUUCCUCCGGUGCAGGAAGAGUUUGUGAGAAUCACUUCGUAGAUCCUCAUAUUUCUAAGCCUUACAUAUUGCCGCCGCAACCUUGGGUUGAGCAACUACUGAAUCAGUCUCGUGGUGCUAAUACUGAAAAUGAGAGUUGGAGCCGCGAUUCACUUCCUCAGCAUGUUCGACCACACUCUCCUACAUCAGUGUCGAAGGUAACUUCACCUCUGGCUUUGUACACAGGUAUUUGUUGGUCAAGGAAUUUACAGGAUGACAAUCUUGCAAGCACUCGCGAGGCAGGAAAACGGCGUAGUUAUGAAGGUGUUGACAGUAAUCUGCGAACGCCUUCAUUCAAGCUGCCAAGAAUUGAUCGUUUGGAAGACAACCUUCUUGAGCCGACGUCUCGACGAGCUGAAAGUCACCUGGAGUUUGAGAAAACAAGGUCUGACGGAUUAGAAAUCAGCGAUGAAAGGUUCUACAAUCGAGAUAGGUCUCACUCUUCUCCCUUGCACUCACGAAAGCAGAUGAAGUACAGGAGUAUACCUGAACCUGAUGACCGACGUAUGGAGCGUUGGUGUGAUAAACAGGACUCGAGGACUCCGCACAUCUCACCUCAGAAUUUAUCUGAUAGAGGGUUGUGGUCUCCACAUGAUGGUCAUCGACCUCACCACAGUAUAGAUAUAUCUCUGGAGUCGAAAUUACGUACCAGAUCUAGCUUGUCCAGACCGACUACACAUAUUGAUCGAUCCUCCUUGCGGGCUCCCCCUAGAUCUUAUCGCUCUAAUAGUAAAACCAACAAAUACAGGAAUGGUUCACAUGAAGUUAAACGAAGUGAACUUUCAAAUCUUAGUAUUGGGUUACCCAGAAUAAAUCUUCAUUCUCGGAGUCCGGAAGAAUACCCGGAUUGCCACAGACGGGCGCUACGGGCAGACGAAAGUUGUAUACGGAACGGUGAUAGGUCGCCUUGGUUACUAGGAAGAAAGACCAGUUUUGCGGGUGGGACUGAUCAACAUGCUGCUUCUGGGAUAUCCGCGAAUAUGCAGAGUGGAGUAGAAAGAAAAGCAGCACCGGAUGGAUCUACAAUGAUUCAUUCCUCAAGGGCUGUUGGGGACCAUGUGGAAGAUGAAAGAAGUCGAAGUGGGUGUCAGAUUCCUGUUUUUUCAACAGAAGAGCAAUCACACUGCAGGUACAUCGGUGUGAUGCAAAAGGCGACCGACUCUUUAGACAUUGUGCGGCUUUCAACGGAUAAGAUCAAGAAUGAGAGAGGAUCGCCUCCACCUCUUAGGCCAAGCAAAAGACGAAAGUUUGCAGGGCUAGAAACCAAGCCCGAACAACAUGGGAACUUGGACAAUAAGUUGCCAUUGUACAAGAAUAAUGUUCAAUUUUCUGGUGAGAGGGCAAGUUCGAGCAUUUCAAAAGAUGCGACUCUGAUUGUUGGAAAGCACUCGGUUUCUAUGCAACCUGUUGCAGAAAGUUCAUCGGAAAUAAUCAGAAAUAUUUCUAACGUCAAGCCUGUAAAAGUAUCACAAGAUUUAGAAGUGGACUGGGAUAUCCAACCAGAGAGGAUUACUUCUAGAGUACAAGAUGCUUUUGGUGCUGCGGCUGAGCCGUCUUUUGUUGAAAUUUCUAAUACUGAUGAUGUAGGUACUGUGAUACCCAAGGAUACACCAAAGGAAGGAGAAGAACACAAGAAAAGGAUUUCUAUUGUGAAGUCUGGGCAGAUUCAGGAUGAGGUGCAAGAAGGAACGAUGCACCCGGGAAAGGAUUCCAAGUCUGUAUCGGGCUCAAGGUCCUUAUUGGAAAGGAAAUCUCUGGUACCAUCGGAAAAAAAUAGACAAUUCCUGGAAAAUGGAAUUAUAGAAUCAGGUCCUGUUAGAGCCUCUACUUAUCCGUCAAGUCUGGCAUCGGAAGUUACUCUUCAUUCUCCAACUGUGGUUCUUGGAACCGAUGAUGACCUCGUCACAGUCAGUAAGCUUAGCACAGAUUUCAAUGAGGGAACAGGGCAGAAAGUGAUUCUUACUGACCACAAGACCGAACUCAUUCCCAUCGCCAAUUUACUGAAGACGCCAACUGGAUCUGACUUAAAGCCCUCUGAGUCAUUGGGCAAGUCCCAUUCCCCUGGUGAGUCGAUAUUGCAAGAGGAUGUUCUCGGUUUUUCGUGCUCCCAGCACAUGUUACAAGACUUACCUACUUCGAAAGUCAGUAAAGAGAGAGACUCUUCAGAGCCUUCGGAAAUUAUAUUUAGAACCCUGGAAUCGUCCUCUAUGGCGACGAAAUUUUUACUGGAAGAGUCGUUUGUGGAUGGACAAAUCGUACAGAUAGACCAGCUACUACAUUCUGGAAAAGAAGCUGCAGUGAUGUCCAGAUGUAAUCCGUGUGUAGGGGAUACGAGGGUCAGUUCGUUGACAGAGGUCGUAGAUCGGCAGGUCGUCAUUUCUGGAACCAGCUUAAGUACAUUGAUACCCUCAGGUAUAGAAACCAACGGAGAAUCUCCAGUCAAUGACAGAACUGCAGAAUCUUUUCACCAAUCUGUGCAUUCUGAACUACACCACUCAUUAGGCUUACCAGGACAUAAGCAGGCCAAGCAACCAGGUGGGUUGGUUAGUGAGAAAUUAGUUUCUAUGCCAAAGUUGCGGAAUGUCAUGACGGAGAAAGGAGAAGCUUGCAUAGUGCAGGAGAAACAAGACAUAACAACUGCGCCACAGUCUUCUGACUUGUCAAACACAUCAGAUAAAGAAGAAUAUCAGUUGGCUAGGCCAGGAGGAAAUUUUCGAAAUGAGCCGCAAGAAAGAUUUACCGAGGGAGAUACAGAUUCUACAAAACUGGCCAGGGCUUUUACAAGCGAGGUAGCGGCUUCUGUUAAUGAGUCGAGAGCAGAUCUGAAGUUGAUCCCACAGCUUUCUGCCGAAAAUGAUAAGGCAGUUUUGCAUGUCGAGCGGGAGUUGGGCAAGAGGCGUAAACUAGUGCGUGUUGAAAAUGGCGAUAACAUGCAGCAAGUGACAACUGUGGUUGACACUGCAGCUAAUGGCAAGAAGACUAAUACUGUUGCCGAAGAAAUUAAGCGAGGGUUGAUUUCGGUCAAGAAUCAGAUAUCCAGUUUGAAAGAUGGGAUGAUGAACACCGUACCAGUUCUCAAGCCAGUAAAUACGCACCUUGCAUCUAGCCACCCCCCAGCUCAAUCAAUAGCUGCACCACAGUUUCCGGAACUACGCUCGUACAGGAGUAGUAAGACAUGGCGUAGGGAACCCACAUCUGUCAGUUCUCAAAGAUUCCCCAACGAUCCUCGCCAUGCACCCGCGGUAGUUGUCCAACCCAGUGCCUACGUCCGGAAAAAGUUUAGUAUAGUAAGGUUUCCUACGCAGCAAGUUUCUUGCCAAGCCAAUGUCAUUGCGCAGCCUACUACUUCGUAUAGAUGUCGUCAGAAAGAUGCGACAGAUUCUGGUAAGAGUCUUGCUUUGUCUGCAUCACAGUUACCGAAACAUGUUCAAGUUGGUGCCCUCAGCCCAAGUACCACCUCUACUGCAUGUCCUUCUGAAAAGAAUCCGGAUAUUAAAAUGAAUACUAUUUGUGCAAAACCGUCUGAAAAGCCAAUGCUUUCUUCGAUAAGAGGAUCAAAUCCUGCUGGAGAUGAAACUUUAGCCACUCAUCCUGAGUCAAUUGUGACAGGCAUACCCUCUGCACCUUCAUCCAAAUCAUCUCCAUGCAGACCCACUUGCGUCGAGGCAAGCAGUGACCUCACUACCUUGGCGUGUAACCCCGCUAUUAAGCCGUCAGGUAGAGCUUCCGAUGAGACGUUCGGGUAUGUGGUAUCUGGGAAAAAGUUGUUCAUGCAGAGAAAGUUGAAUCGGUCUGCAGUUGGACCGUCCACAGCGUCUGCGUCACCGAGUUCAAGACCUGGUAUGGAGAAAUGUGAUGUUCCUCUAGGCUAUGUUAAAAGGAAAACCAAUCAACUUGUCCGCUGCGGUCAUCGCCACGAAAGUAGUGCAAACGAUGCUUUGUUCCAAGAAGUUGGUGAUCAGAUGAAAUCUACGAGCCGGCAGAGGAAAUAUUCUGCUCAAACGAAGACGAAGACGAAGCUUGGUAGAGUGUUAUCCCAAAAGAAUGGCAGAGUCCAUAGCGUGGCAAAGGUUUGGACUCUUAGUAAUGAGGGCAAACACAAUACUUCUGUCCUGGGUGUGUGUAAAAAUAAGCGAUAUCCUCUGUUUCCUUGGAAAAGGGCGAAAAUUGUAGCACCACGCUUGCGACGUGGUAGACCUCCACAUGAAGGGAAAAUGGGUGCAUUAUUUUUCCAUAUAAGAAAUCAGCUACAGAAGUAUCGAUCAGGGCACCCAGUCUACACUCGAUCUGCAGAUGGAUUUUCACUCCACCGAUCAGGUGUCGUUAGCAGGAGUGGGGCAAACUUGAAGUGGACAAAAUCCCUCAUGACACAAUCCAUACUUGCUAGUGAGGCUGCAACGAAAGUAGUUGCUGAAGCAGAAAAAGAGAAAAGGGUUAAGAAGGAAGCGGUUGCAAAGGCCAGAGUUGAGCGAAGGUCAUUGCAGGAUUCUGAUAAUCAAGCAAAGCUCUACUCAGGGUCUGUUGAACCUUCCUCGGUUUCUUCGGUGGAAUCUGGCGGAAUUGGCGGAGCUGUGUAUGUACGGAAAGGAUUUGGCAAUCAGCUUGUCAGGGACUCGAGGACAACUGCCCGUGUGUUUGCAAGUGAGAAAGUUCGCUGGAGCCUUCACAACGCUAGAUUACGCAGAGCUAAAAAGCAAGCCUUUUGUGUGUACUAUACAAGGUUUGGUGUAUGCAAAAGGGGGGAUGGUAAAUGUCUCUAUAUUCACGAUCCUGAAAAGGUGGCUGUUUGCACAAAAUUUCUUAGAGGGUCUUGCUCAGAUCCGGCAUGCCGCUUGACCCAUAAGGUUAUUCCAGAACGCAUGUCAGACUGCUCAUACUUCCUUGAAGGUCUAUGCACAAAUGAAAAUUGUCCUUACAGGCAUGUCAACGUCAAUCCUAAAGCUCCAAUUUGUGAGGGCUUCCUCCAAGGCUAUUGUUCUGACGGUGACAUGUGCAACAAGAAGCACACGUAUGUGUGUCCUCAGUAUGCUGUGACAGGGAAAUGCUCAUCAAGUACCUGUAAACUUCGUCAUCCGAAGAAGAAAAAACAGCCUACAUCUACAUCAAAAGACAACAUAGGUUCUAAAAGAGAAGGUAGGUAUUUUGCACCCACUGCAUCAGCUGAGGGAGAAUAUCAAAGACAACACUUGUGUGCUGUUAAUGAUGUGGGUGACAAGGUCACAGAAUCAGGUGAUGAACGAGCAGAUUUUAUUAGCAUCGACGAGUUGGAUUCGGAAUCUCCCAAGGAGUCUCAGGAUACUGACAAGUUGUUGUAUCAUAGGAAUGUUUUUCUUUCAAGUAGACUCCCGAAGGGUGGAUCAACUAACGCUCUAGAGGAUCUUUUGAAGCCCAGGUUUUUGCUAAAACCUGAUGUUACUUCUUCAUGAAUUUGCCCAUCGUAUUAACUGACGAUUGUUAAUUAGUGAUUUAGCUGUAAUGCAGCCAGAGGUUCGGUUAUUCCCGUGUCAUCUGGCCAUGGAAAUACCUACUCCAUCUCUGGAUUUACUGACUUCAACCCGUGAGAUGAUCUUACUUCACAUUGCUUUCAUUCAGAAUUAUGUAGUAGCUAGUGUUUUUGGAACUUAACUAGCAAGGUUUAUCUACCUCAUGAUAUGCUUAGUACAGCCCUCGUAGCACUUGAGUUGGCUAGAUUUUAGGUGGCGCUGCUCGAGGACAGGACUUCUCAUCAGUGCAAGCUGCCGUCACGCAUUGGACACUGAUCUACUAUUUCUCUCGAGAAUGUACGUUAUCCACCAGGGUCAAUUACGGGUGGUUACAGUGUGGGAAUUCAACCGAAUUGUUUUUGGUGAUUCCUGAGUCGUAAAUGUAAAAUAUUUCAGCUGGAGUGAAUCGACAGCAUGUCUGUAGCGGUUUAGUGGGUAGGCGUAUUGAUCAUUCUCUGCUCUUUCAAACUAUGAAUUGAAACGGCGUGACACAGGCUUUGUUAAACAUCAGUAUAGGUUUCGGGGUUACGUUCUAUGUCCUGACCAUUUAGUUUGACUAACACAGACAUCGCAAAUGAGGUUCAGGUAUUGUUGUUAGCAACUGCCACAAAUGUUUUGGAGGAGGUGUAUGUUCUGUUUCUGCCUCAAUUGCAAUGUACUGUACUUUACCAAGUAAUAAAAUUAUCUUUUUUAAAAAUUUGAAUCA